GCUUUUGUUAACCUGUUACAAAUACCUCUUUCGCAAGAAGCUUUACGAGAACUCGUUAAGGAUGUCAGCGUGGGCUGACCAGGUGGAGAGCGAGGAGGCUACACAUGGCGCCCUUGCGAACAACUCGGACUUCCCCACGUUGGGCGAGGCCGCAGCAGCCAAGCCCCAGGGCAAGAGCAAGGCCAAGAAGGGUGUGAAGCUUGGUUUUGGCGAAUUCUUAAGUAUGCCCACUGGGGGCAGGGGCGACUUUGCGGACAAGGGUCUUGCCGACAAACAAAUUCUCAUGAGCCUUCCGACCGCACCUCGCGGAGGUCCGCGCGAGGACGGAGACGGCAGGCCGCCUGGAGGUCUUGGAGGUGGUUUUCGGGAUUAUGGCGGCGAUCGCGAAGGCCGCGGUGGCCGCUACCAGCGAGAGGAUCGUCCCCCGCGCGAGGAACGGGAGCCUUCUCGUGCAGACAGCGUGGACGAUUGGGGCUCGACGCGGAAGUUUGUACCGGGCGGAGAUGGCGGUGGCUUCGGAGGGUCGCGCGGCUUUGGGGGUGGCUUCGGUGAUCGAGGCGACCGGCCACCGCGCGAGCCCCGCCCUCCGUCCAAUGCGGACAUGGUAGACGAUUGGGGUACGGCCCGCAAGUUUGAGCCCUCUGGACCAGCACCCCGGGGCGGUUUUGAUGAUCGGCGCCGCUACGACGGGCCGCCGCCCAUGUCCAAAGCAGAUCUGGAGGACAGCUGGGGGAGGGGCAGGGACUUUAAGCCGUCCGAGUCGCCGGCACCUCCGCGGGGCUUCGGUGGCAGCCGUGAUGGGCCGCGUGAGAGCACAGCAGACCGUGAGGAUCGAUGGGCCCGGAGAACGGUCGAGCCCAGCACCUCGGCAGCGCCGGAGGCGCCCGCGGAGCGGCCACGGCUCAAACUCGCUCCACGCUCGGUGCCAGUCGGCGAGCAGGCUCCUGCCGCAAGCAGCAGCGGCGGCGCAGAGGAGCGCAAGGCGUCGUCCAACCCGUUUGGCGCAGCACGGCCGCGUGAGGAGGUGCUCAAGGAGAAGGGCGUGGACCCGAUUAAGGAGGUACUGAAGCUAGAGCAUGGAGAGGUCAUACGGGAUGAGACUCCGGCCGAGAAAGCUCUCAAGGCCGAGGUGGACGCCCUUGCUGUGCAAUUGGCAGAUCUCAAGGCGAAGUUGGCGGCGGAAAAAGAUGCAGAUGGUGACGAGGCUGAGGCUCCCAGCGGUCCAACGAUUCCGGAACUGGAACAUGAGCUGGACAAAAAGGAAUGUGCUUUGCUGAAGCUGCAGGCGGAGGAGGACGACAGGGUGCGCUUUGCGCGGGGUGGUCGGUCGGGGCACGAGGGUGUUGGCAAGGAGCGGCCGCCCCGCCGCGGGGAUGCGGAUGGGGCCGGGAAAGACGGCGGGGCGCCGCCGGCACGGAGGGAGCGCUGGUAAAUCGGUGGCGUUACCGGAUUGGCUGCUGCUUGGGGAUUGUGUAUGCGGGUUUUCUUGAGACAUCCAUCUUGCAUCGUUGUGUGGGGCUUCACGGGCCUGGCUGGGGCAUCGGUUUGGUACGGCGUCCUACUUCGCACCUAUUUUGCUCAUCGUUUCUGGCUUGGUUUGUCGCAUUGGAAGCCGUUGACGUCGGCGUGGUACUCCAAAUGGCUGGUCGAUUUGUUUCGUCGACGGCAUUGGCUAGCUGGAGUGUGAGCAGCAUGCAGGGGCGUGGAAGCGGAUGUUUUACGGGAAUUCCAGCAGGCAGGCGGGUGUUCGUCGCAGGUGGCUGCCUUGACUUGCUGGGGAGAGCGUCGCAGUCUACACUGCAGGCCGAGUAGAAACUUGUUGGCGUGCUGCUACGAUGGCACGUUAUGGUCGCGUGUGUUCGGUGUGUUUACCGAUGAGCGGGUGCGCUAGCGUCUGGGCUUUGCGCGUGUCUGCGCAGCUAUGCUGUUCGUGCAGAUGUCAAGCUAGAUUACUCUUUCGUGGAUCGUUGGUUCAUGCAGUGUGCAGAGAGUUCGGGGGCCGUUUGUCGUAUGGGGACGGCUGAGAGUAUGUGGACAGGUAGGGCCAAUACCAUCUGAAUAUUUGUAGGAGAGCGGCAAGGGAACGGAGCAAAAAAAUAGAGCUGGCG